AUGCUGCUAACAAUCACAACAGUGACCGCUGUCGGCGCUUAUUUGCACCUUUUCUUCAGGAGGAAAAUCCGAUGUCAUGGCGAUGGCGAGAAGUGCACUCCAUGCACCGUCUCAGAUGUAGCUUGUGUCUUUUCAAAGAAGCUAAAGCGCAAUAGAAAGAGGAAGAGCUACUACGAAAACGAAGGAGUCGAGAAUAGGCGUGACGACCUUGGGAUUUCAAAAACUCCGGAAGCUCACGGUGGCACUGUUGACUCAGCUUCUUACUCUCCCUCUCAAGACCUUAGGAAGUCGCAGCCAGUUGCCUCUGAGCAAUCACCACUCAACAUAGUCACACGUAACGGCGGUGAAAACCCGUUAUCGUCAUGGCGGCGUCGGACGGAAGCCUCUUCAAAUACAAAAUCAAGACAGCUAUCGGAACCCGUGGUUGGUCACAUGGGCCGACUGGUUUCCUAUGACGACCAGACAGCCAUGUUCGCAGGUUCAUCAACAGGCGUACACUUCAUCAGCCAGGCCGAGCAACAGUUGCAAAUGUUACGGAUCCAUACCGAAACAUUCCCGAGCAGCAUCUACAGUCUCUAUCUUCACAACACAUGGGCCACUCCACCUAAAGAUUCCCAGUCGCAGGUUAUUGCCGCCAUGGUAUCCCAACUUCCGCUCGAUGCUGCCGUUGUCCUCGAAGCAACCAUCGACCACUGGACACCGCUAUACCCCAUUGUACAUAAGCAAUCCACCGUUGAGGCUCUACAUAGGUUAAUUGAGGACCCCGAACAUGGUGAUAUCAGUUUACUAUACCAGAUUCUGGGUCUACUCGCUUUAGGAACCUUGGGACAUUCCGGGUCUUGCCAGCAGAGUCAUCAUCAUUUUCUCUGCCUUUCCGAGAGAUAUUACACAAUGUCCGCCACAUUGACGAACCUGCUUCAGGAGCGACCGUCUCUACCAACGCUCCAAGGGUUGGAGAUUGCCCAAAUCUAUCUUCAGUUAUCAUCUCGCUACUCGGCUGCGUCGCAACUAGGGGGCAUGGCCACGAGAAUGGCACAGAACCUCGGGCUUCAUCGCCACUCCCAAAGAUUCAAAUUUGAUCCUUUGGAAACAGAACUCCGGCGGCGUGUAUGGUGGUGUCAAUAUUCGCUUGAUACAUUCUCCAGCGCCUAUCACGGAAUGCCAAGAUUAAUUCGCGACCAGGACGUGGAUACCGACCUGCCCUCCCGCAUUGACCAUGACCAAGUGUCACGCGAGAGCGUGGCAUUCCCUUUACCUGGAGAAAGGUCCCAAGUUGACACGGCUCUUUGCAUGUUCAAACUGGCAGUGAUUGUAGGAGAAGCCCUGGAGAAAUUAUAUUCGACGACUCGACGGCGGGGGGGAAUUGCGAAAAUUGCACAACUGCAAGCCGAACUUACAAUAUGGGAGCGAAUGCUGCCAACGGACAGUGUCGCAGAUCUGGAAGACGAGGGCGCAGACCCUACGGCGAAAGUCUUGACUGAUACCUUUGAAAUAGCUUUCCUGCGCGCUGCAUUCUAUAAUGCUAUGGUGCAUGUUCACCGACCUGCGCUUGCUUUCACAACUGCUGACCCUCAGUUCCACGUCUCCCUGCUGGCCUGCGGUCGUGCCUCAGCCGACUUGAUCAGUCUGACUGCUGGCCUGGUGUCCGAUUCAGCAAUAGAGAUGGCAACUCCGAGGAUCGACUCCAUCAUCAUCGCGCAUCUUUACCCAAACGGGUUGCACAUGUUGUGGCAAGCUGGUUUGACAAUACUGUUUGCAAGAUGGAAGGGCCAACCACUUGCAGGCGACGAAGUGGAUGAGGACUUGGUCAAGACCUGCGCUGCAACGUUGCGCCAUUUGAGAGCUGAUGACUCCAAUAUCUGUAUCCCUCAAUGUGCUGACGUCCUCGACAUGCUCCGCACAAAGACGUUCUCAACUAGAGAAACCCAUCAGCCGGUACUUGAUCAGCUGCAAUGGAAUGUCUGGGACUGGCCAAUGGCAUCGGCGCUGGAGCUUGCCAAUACUCUGGAUGCAAUACCGUUGGAUCUUCACUUCGAGCCGGGCAUGGAUAUAUGA